AAGACCCAUAUCAUGGCGGCGCUGGUCCCGCUUGUGACCGACGACGGCCAUGGGUGCUGGCAGAUGCAUGAGGACGCGACGCUCCUCCUCGAGAGCGACAAGCGUGCGUUGCAGAAGAUCUCGGUCGUCGGCGUCAUUGAUGCCCUCCCGCCCAAGCAUGCCAGAGCGCACGGCUUGCACAUGGUCAAGGACCCGAUCAAGGUCGAAGACGACGGGACGCUCACGUUCCUCGUCGUGCUCCAGCACCCGAUGCUCCACGAGCAGCCGGCGUGGGCCUCGCUUCUCUUCCUUCUCUCGUCGCACGUGCUGUACGUUCGUGACGGCGCCAUUGCGCGCGACGGCUUUGCCAACUUGAGCUUCGUCCAGCACCUCCUGAAUGUCGACGUCGUCUCGUCCGACGAGCAGGCCGCGCAUCCAGACCUCAACACGACCGUGCUCAAGCGUCUUUUGCCAAAGCUCACGUUCAUCGCGGUCGACCUCGAGAAGAAGGAGUGUGGCGGCGACGCGUUCCCUCUCUACCUCGAGAAGGCGCUUGCGACCCCGAAGGCGUCGCACGAUGGCCUCUCGCAGGCGCUCAUCACGCAGCUCUUUACGAGCCGCGACUGCGUCGGCAUCAAGGCCAACACGUUCAAGGUGCCCGGUGCGCCGCACUCGGCGGCCAAGGUCCUCAGCGUCGCGACCGACCCGCUCCCGCCCAAGACGUUCUUUGGCCGGUUCCUCUCCUGCGGCGUCUUUGUGCAUCUGCUGAGCGCGCUCGUCGCGGCCAAGGACGCGGAGCGCUGGGACUUUCGGGCCGUCGCGUUCGCCGUCUCGCGCGCGUACUGGCAAAACCUGCUGGAUGCAGCGAUCACCAUGUAUGCGGACCACAUGCACGCCAAGCUGCUGCCGUACGACGACGUCGAGCUCGACAACGGCAUGGUGGUGGCGCUCACCGAGGCCAAGCUCCAUGGCGGCGACGCCGGCCUCGACAACGACGACGUGAUCCUCAUCGACCGCAGCAACAACUGUGUCACGUUUGACGAGUAUGGCAACCUCAAGAAGAGCCACUCGAGUGGCGCCAAGCCGACGCUCGACGUCGGGAUCCUCACGUUUCUCAAAACGUCCAAGGCGCUCAACCGGCAAAUGACGAUGGUCGCGCCCAAGCCCACGGUCGCCAACCCGUGGUGCGACCCGUACUUGGUCAACAUGCGUGAGUACGAAGUCCCGACCAAGUACAUUCACCAAUUUCCGAAGCGUGAGAAGCUCCCGCUCGAAGCGAGCGCGCUCUCAAGCGUGCACUACGCGUGUCUCGCGGCCGCCUCGUCCCUUCUGCAUCCGUUCAUGGCGCUCUCGGUGGCCCGUGAAGAUGCGUGCUUUCGCGGCGAAUGGAGCUUCCGCGUCGGUCGGAGCCACCUCGACGACGCCGCGGGACGCGUCUGGCGGGACAUAUCGCUCGCCAACACUGCGAGCUCGGCGGCGUUCUGCACGCGCCUCAUCCAGUGUCUCCACACGGCCGUUUUGCACAAGACACUGGCCGACGAGGACAAGAGCCGGCUCGUGCGCCACCUGAUUGCCUACCGCAGCAACAUUGAGGCGCUCAUCUCGCAGUACAACUUUGUCGCGAAGGGCCCGGCCGCCUCGGCGGUCCUCGCAGGCUUUCUCUCGUCGGUCGUCCGACACCGCCUCUAUGCGGCCGUCGCGGCGUCCGAAGCCCAUUUUGAAGCGGCGCGCGCGCAGCUGACGACCCAGGUCCACGACGCGACCUCGCAUCUCCUGGCCCUCGAAGACGCGAUCCGCGACGCCGAAGAGACGCGCAAGACGUGUCUGCGCAACGAGAUGGCCCAAGAUGCGCUUGUCGAAGCGCGCAAGCUCGAGCAGCUCGGGACGAUCCAGGGCGCGAUCGCCGAGACCCAAGCGCAGAUCAACGCGGCGCUCCGAGAGAAGGAAGCGCUCUUCGCCAACACGGUGCAGACGACGCAGGCGACGGUCGCGACGGUCGAGAUCAUUGCGAAGAAGCCGAAGGAGUACGCGGGCUACCUCUUUCGACAGGAGGGCGGCGGCCUCUUUGGCGCCAAGUGGAAGCAGUCGUUUUUUGUGCUCAAAGACGGCCGGUUCCUCACCUUCAAGGCCAAGAGCUACUACGAGGAAGGCCGCGAGAGCAUGGAAGCGCCGCUCAACGUCGCAGGGUACACGGUGCUGCAGUCGAGCAAGAAUGCCAACGAGUUCAAGCUCGCGCCGCCCGUCGCCGGCCGCACGUUUGUGUUUCGCGCGCCCACGGACGAGAUGCGCGAGACAUGGGUCCACAAGUUCAACGAAGCGUCCAACUACUCCUAGUCAAGAUUACAUCAUCUUUACUCGUCGUCCCAGUCGCUGGCCGCGGUCGCCGCGCCAAAGGUGACCUACCC